UGGUGGGAGAGAGAAAAGAGCGACAGAGUGAAGAUAGUAGUGCACUUGUGCUUCGGAACUUGCCACGGGAAGAAGAAAAAAAAAAAAAAUAAAAGUAUAAAAUAAACAAGGAAUAGAGAGAGAGAGAGAGAGCAUCGGCAUAGGCAAUAGCGCAUAGCUAUUAGUUUUAGUCACUGCCAUACAAGAAGCAAGAAGUAGUGAAGAAGAAAAAGUGUUAAACUGUUCAAUGUAGUGUUAAACUGUUAAUUGUGGUGGUUGUUGUGAUUGCGGUUGCUUUUUGUUUUCUGCUCUGCUACUCUUCAAACCACCGCGCUUUUCGUUCUUUCCUUCUCUUUCAAUUUCUUCACUCAACAACCACUACUCUUUCUCACGCUCUCUCUCUCCUGCUGUUAAAAAUCUAUUUCUCUCUCUCUCUCUCUCUCUCUCUUGCAGCUGUAUCGUUAUCUUAAGUUCUAAUCUUCGUAAUUGAUCACACAUUGGGACUCGUUUUUCUUCCCCUGGAACCUCGAUUAACCUCUAAUCUCUCUCCCUAAUUUUCUUUUUCUUUUAAUUUUCUUUUUCUGUUUCGAUGGAGACAUCGGAGAAUUGUUCUGUGAAAGUUGCUCUUCACAUUCGUCCGCUCAUUGCUGAUGAACGACAGCAAGGUUGCAGAGAAUGCGUUUCAGUUACGCCUGCGAAGCCUCAGGUCCAAAUUGGGUCACAUUUCUUUACAUUUGAUCAUGUUUACGGAAAUGGUGGGUCUCCUUUGGCUGAUAUGUUCGAAGAAUGCAUUGCCCCGUUAGUUGAUGGCUUAUUCCAAGGAUAUAAUGCUACUGUACUUGCGUAUGGCCAGACAGGAUCUGGGAAAACAUAUACAAUGGGAACUGGCUAUAGUGACAAUUGUCAGACUCAGGCUGGAUUAAUUCCUAAGGUCAUGAAUGCCUUGUUCAGCAAGGUUGAAACACUAAAGCAUCAGACAGAAUUUCAGUUGCAUGUGUCCUACAUUGAGAUUUUGAAGGAAGAGGUGAGGGACUUGUUAGAUUCUGUAUCUAACAGUAAAUUGGAAUCUGCUAAUGGCAAUUCUGGAAAAGCAACUGUUCCUGGCAGAACACCGAUACAAAUUCGUGAAACCUCAAGUGGAGUCAUAACACUGGCAGGAUCAACUGAAGUUGCUGUGAGUACACUACAGGAGAUGUCUACUUGCUUGGAGCAGGGUUCUUUAAGUAGGGCAACAGGAAGUACAAAUAUGAACAACCAGUCCAGUCGGUCACAUGCCAUCUUCACAAUCACACUAGAACAGAUGCGCAAGCUCCAUUCAAUUUCUCCCGACAAUGACUCUUCAGACGAGGAUAUGGGUGAAGAAUACCUUUCUGCAAAGCUCCAUUUGGUAGAUCUAGCUGGAUCUGAGCGAGCUAAAAGAACUGGUUCUGAUGGUGUUCGUUUAAAAGAAGGCAUACACAUCAAUAAAGGUCUUCUUGCACUUGGAAAUGUCAUAAGCGCAUUGGGAGAUGAGAAAAAGCGAAAGGAGGGUAUGCAUGUCCCGUAUCGGGAUAGCAAACUCACUCGACUUUUGCAGGAUUCACUUGGUGGAAACAGCAAAACUGUCAUGAUAGCUUGCAUUAGUCCUGCCGACAUCAAUGCUGAGGAAAGUCUUAACACUCUCAAAUAUGCAAAUCGUGCUCGCAAUAUUCAAAAUAAGCCUAUUGCUAAUCGAGAUUUGAUAUCCAAUGAGAUGCAUCAAAUGCGUCAACAGUUAAAGUACUUGCAGGCUGAACUUUGUGCUCGGGGAGGAACUCCAGCUGAUGAAGUGCGGGUUCUCAAGGAAAGGAUUGCGUGGCUUGAGGCGACUAAUGAGGGCCUCUCUCAUGAACUUCAUGAAUAUCGCAGUAGAUGUGCUUUUGUAGACAACUGUGAAAUUGAUGAACCAGAUGGUCAUAUUUAUCUUGAAAGACACUUUCAGAGCUCUGUUUCAUCUGAUCAUCCCAUGAUUGAAAGUAUAUCUGGUGACGAUUCAGGUGAAAGUGAUGAAGCAGUAAAGGAAUUGGAGCAUGCACUUUUGCAGAAUACCAUGGAUAAAGAGAUGAAUGAGUUAAAUAAGCGCUUAGAGCAGAAAGAGUCUGAGAUGAAGCGCAUUGGAAUUGAUACUGAAGCACUCAAAGAGCACUUUGGGAAAAAAAUUAUGGAGCUUGAAGAGGAAAAAAGAAAAGUGCAGCAAGAGAGGGACCGUUUGUUGCAUGAGGUAGAGAAUCUUUCAGCUAAUAUUGAUGGACUAGCACAGAAAUCUCAAGAUGUUCGUGGCCAAAAAUUGAAAGCACUGGAAGCACAGAUUUUAGACCUCAAGAAGAAACAAGAAAACCAGGUGCUGCUACUAAAGCAAAAGGAGAAGAGCGAAGAAACUGCAAAAAAAUUGCAAGCUGAAAUACAGUACAUCAAGGCUCAAAAGGUCCAAUUGCAGCAAAAAAUGAAGCAAGAGGCAGAACAAUUUCGACAAUGGAAGGCUUCUCGAGAAAAGGAGUUACUUCAGUUGAAAAAGGAGGGAAGAAGGAAUGAGUAUGAAAGACAUAAACUUGAGGCUCUAAACCAGCGCCAAAAAAAGGUGCUUCAUAGGAAGACAGAGGAAGCAACAAUAGCCACAAAAAGGCUAAAGGAAUUAUUGGAAGCCCGCAAAUCUUCUCCACGUGAAAACUCUGCUUAUUCAAAUGGACACCUUCAACCUGGGCUGGUUAAUGAGAAAUCCCUCCAAAAAUGGCUUGAUCAGGAGCUUGAGGUCGUGGUACAUGUGCAUGAAGUUCGUGCUGAAUUCGAAAAGCAAAAGCAGGUCCAAGCUGCAUUGGAGGAAGAGUUGGCUACACUGAAACAAGUCCAUCAGUUCUCGGAUUGCCAGAGUAUCCCUACAGGACAGAACAAAUAUUCCAGAUUAUUAUCCAUGCCACCGGAUGUAAAAGUCUCAAGAAUAGCUUCUCUUGAGAAUAUGCUGGGCAUGUCUUCGGCUGCUUUGAAAGCCAUGGCUUUACAACUUACAGAGGCUGAAGCAAGGGAACGUGCAUUAAGUAACCGUGGACGUUGGAACCAGUUACGCUCAAUGGGAGAUGCUAAGAAUGUGCUUCAGUACUUAUUCAAUGCUACAGCAGAAGCAAGGUGUCAAUUGUGGGAAAAGAAUAUAGAACUUCAGGACUUGAAAGAGCAAAUAAACGAACUAGCAAGGCUACAGAAAGAAAGUGAAACAGAGAGAAAAGAAUUUCUAAAGGAGCAAACACUUAAGGAAGAAGCUGUUUCUGUCGCCUUGUACACAUCAAUGGAAAAUUCUCGGUCCUUGAAACACCUUGCGGAUGAAUUGAGUGGCCCAUUGUCUCCCAUGUCACUUCCUGCAACAAAGCAACUUAAAUUCACCCCUGGAGUUGUUAAUGGGUCAGUUACAGAGUCAGCUACUAUUAUGGACAAUGGACGAAAGAUGAUACCCAUUGCGGAGUUGUCAGCAAGGAGGCUAGCAGCUGUUGGGCAAGCUGGAAAACUUUGGAGGUGGAAGAGAAGUCAUCAUCAAUGGCUGAUACAGUUCAAAUGGAAAUGGCAGAAACCGUGGAAACUUUCAGAAUGGAUCAAACACAGCGACGAAACAAUCAUGAGGUCAAGGCCUCGAGCACAGGCCUUGAUCAAUGCUAUGUGAGUUUGAGCUCAUAAGGACAUCAUUGUAACUCCAGUGCUUGCUCUGUGUUUCAACAUGGCUUGGCUAAAGCUCAGAUAGUUGUAGGUAAUCCACAAACAGUUUUUAACAUCCUAGACAACAUAGUGCUCCGGUAAACAUGUUGCAUUUUCUUUCCAUAACUACCUAGAGGAGUGUGCCACUUGAAUUCUUUAGCACUGAAAUUGUUCUCCAACUUGCAUUGUGUAUUCAGGCAAUAAGUAAAUUGGAAAAGCUUGCUGAGAGUUUGGCUGUUGGAAAAGGCUGUGUUAUGGUCAUUUGUGUAUGUUGUAAUUUUGUAACGACACAUGUAGCCGUACGCUGACAUUUAAUAAUAUCAUAGGAAAGAUCAGUUUUAGUUUUAGAUAGUUAAAACCAAAAUGGUCCUCCUUUUGCAUGUACUACAAAAGAUAUUGCAAGAUUUUUUUGUACAGAUAAACUAGUCCCCAAAAUUACUCA